AUGACGACAAUAACAACCUCCAAAGCCCUCAUUCUCCAUGGCGCCAAAGACCUGCGCUUGGAAAACCGCGACAUUCCCGCACCCACAGGCAACGAAGUCCAACUCGCCAUUCGCGCAACCGGCCUCUGCGGCUCCGAUCUACACUACUACACUCACGGCCGCAACGGCGACUUCGUCGUGCAAUGUCCCAUGGCCCUAGGCCACGAGUCCAGCGGUGUCGUCACCGCCGUCGGGCCCGACGCCAAACACCUCAAAAUCGGUGACCGCGUCGCCCUCGAAGUCGGCUUGCCCUGCAGGAAAUGCCUGUACUGUUUAUCGGACCGCUACAAUCUCUGCGUCAACAUGAGGUUUAGGUCAAGCGCAAAAUCGUUCCCACAUUUGGAUGGCACAUUGAUGCAGUUCACGAAUCAUCCGGAGGAUAUGUGUCAUAAGCUCCCCGAGGGAGUCUCGUUCGCGGGUGGUGCGCUUGCGGAGCCCUUGGCGGUGUGUUUGCAUGCCAUUCGACGCUCSCACCCMCCUACGAGUGAAGAGGCGGCACUCGCCAAGUCGGUGGGUGAGGAGAGCGCAGCCAUGAUUUUCGGUGCGGGCGCAAUUGGGUUGUUAAUGGCUGCUGCGUUGGCGGUUUCGCAGAAUUUCUCGUCGAUUGUGAUUGCGGAUAUUGAUGCAAAGCGGCUCAAAGUUGCGGAGGAUUUGGGAUUGGGGAUCAAGACGUUUUUGAUUGAGAGGUCAGCGACGCCGCCGCCGCCGAAGGAUGCGCCGCUGGAAGAGCAGACGUCGUAUGCGAUGAAGAGUGCGCAGGAGACUGCGAAUAAGAUCAAGAAGACGCAUAAUAUCCCUAAUGGGUUUGCGAGAGUUUAUGAGUGCACUGGGGUGCCGCCGUGUAUUCAGGCGGGUAUCUAUGCUGCUGCUGCCGGUGGUGUGUUGGUACAGGUUGGUAUGGGUGCGCCUAUCCUAACACUUCAUCAUGGUGCAGCCAUGUUGAGGGAGGUUGAUGUUGUGGGCGUGUUUAGAUACGACAAGUACGCAUACCCAGCAGCGAUUGAGCUGCUACAAAAGGAAGCCUUUAAGAAAGUGGAAGACAAGAUCGUAACGCACAGAGUUGACUUGUCUGUUGAGGGACAAGGGGAGCGAGCGUUUACGUUGGCUGCCAAGGGGGUUGAUGAGGAGGGUGUACCUGUUGUCAAGGUCAUGAUUGAGUCUUCACUUUAG